AACUGCAUACGGAAGUAGCUUUGAGUGGUGUUAUGGGUCGUUUAUGGUGCUAGUAAGCUACCCAGCUAGCGAGACAAAUACACUUUAUGUAUUCUUUCUUGCCUUUUUUGUGUUGAUUAAAAAAAGAUGCUGCAACACAUGAUAGUCGUUUUGAUACAAAGUCCGGUUUUUUAUUGUGGCUGAACGGUCAUUGACAGAAACGUGACGUUAACUUAGCUGCCUUUGUUGUGUAACGUUACGCUGACUAAGGUAGCAAUGGACCAGCACAGAUCCCACAAUCCCAACUCUAGCUACCAAAACUGCCUGUCAGCAUACAAAAGAGAUAGAGAUGAAAGUGGAAGAAAUCCCUGCAGGAGUAAACACUCCAGACCAAACCACCACCCGUAUAAGUCUGGGCCAACUCCUCAGCCAAACCCACCCAGCUCUCAGGGUUUGAGCACCAGAAGGGAGCUAUAUGAAAGAGACUUUCCGGUGUACAAACAGCCUGUUGAAGUGGGAUGUUUUUCCCUUGACUCGAAGCGUAGAUUCUUCAAUGACAGCAGGCAGAUGAGAUACUAUGUGGAACCUGACAGAAAUCCUAAUUUUGACCUGAGGGAUGGAUACAAAUACCGCUUUAUAAAGAGAGAUGACAGUGUGAAGGAGAAGCUGGACCACAUCCUACGCUGGAUCUUGGCCAAUAGAUCAAAGCUCAGCUCAAGGGUGACCACGGCCUCACCAUGUGCUUUGGAUGUCGAUAUUGUGACAUGGCGUGGUCAUCUGACCAAGCUGCUGACCUCUCCCUAUGAGACACGGGAGGGCUGGUUGCUGGCGGUCACCAGGUUCAGGGGCACGCUUUACAUAAGUGAAGUGGAAACAGAAGCUGCUCGUAGAGAUCGAGAGAAUCGCACAGAGAGACAUGAAGAGAUGAUGUACUGGGGAUACAAGUUUGAGCAAUACACAUGUGCAGAUAACGCCCAGAGUGUACCUGACCCAGGCGGAGUGGUUAACACGAAUGAGGCCUUCUGCACUGUGGUGCAAACUCGGCUCGCAGAUCACAGACUCUUGUUCUCCGGUGAGGUGGACUGCCGGGAUAAAGAUCCCAACGCUCCAGCUCCUCCUGCAUGCUACAUCGAGCUGAAGACCUCUGCAGAGAUCUGCACCCCUAAACAGCGCAGCAACUUCCACAGGUUUAAACUGCUGAAGUGGUGGGCCCAGUCUUUUCUCCCUGGAGUCCCCCGCGUCGUGGCAGGUUUUCGGGAUCAUGAAGGAGUGGUUGUCACUGUGGACACUUUUCCCAUCUCUAAAAUGUCACAUCUCAUCAAGAAUGAACACAACUGCUGGAAGCCAACAGUUUGUAUGAACUUUUGCUGCGAUUUCCUUUCUUUUGUGAAGCGUAUCGCAACUGAAGACAAUCCAAGUGUGGUGUACCUGUUCUCUUGGGAGCCCCACAGAGAUGUGACCUACUCCGUCCACAGGGACUCCCAGUAUUCCUUCCUGCCACACUGGUAUGUGGAGGAGAUGACCAGUAGUUAAGACUCGUACCUUCAGUCCUAAUUUACAACAAAGACGUGGUCAACUAGGACUGUUAAUUCAGACCUCCAAUGGAGGAUUGUUUCCCAAAAUACAUUGAAAUUUGACAUUCAUACAGUUUCUGAAUGGCUUUGUGAACUCAUUUUGUGUCCCUGAUCGCUACCAUGUAAUGUCUUUUUUUUAAUCUUUUAUUUGUUCAGCAUUAAGAACUGAACCAUGUUUUUUCAUCUUGCAUGUGGUGAUUUUAAUUAAACCAUAAUGAUGCACUGACGUCAAUAUUGUUUCUCAGACUUUAUUAUGUUAUAACAAUAAUUGAAACCCCCGAAACAGUGGGAUGUUAAUUGAAACAAAAUUAGAAAACAAGGUUUU